AGCCGGCCCUGUGGCUACCUUAUUGCUGCAACAGUUGGAAUGUGUAAAGGUUAUAGCUAUGAUGAGCUUAAAAAGGCUACUUGGGGUUUUAAAGAAGAGAUUGGAAGAGGCUCUGGAGGAAUCGUCUACAAAGGUGUGUUACCGGAUAAUCGUGUUGCCGCAGCGAAGCUGCUGAUUAAUGAAGCUAAUAAUCAUGACCAAGGUGAAGCUGAAUUUCUAGCUGAAGUUAGCACCCUAGGAAGGCCCAAUCAUAUGCACUUGAUGAAGAUGUGGGGAUAUUGCAUUGAAGGAAAGCACAGAAUUUUGGUGUAUGAGUGCUUGGAACAUGGGUCUUUGAAACAGAAUUUGUCUUCCAAUGUGCUUGACCGGGAAAUGAGGUUUGAAAUUGCUCUUGGGACUGCUAAAGGCCUUGCUUACUUGCACGAGGAAUGCCUGGGGUGGAUUUUACACUGCGAUGUAAAGGUGCUCUUGGACUCUUAUUAUAGUCCAAAGGUUGCAGAUUUUGGGUUGUCCAAGCUGCUGAAAGGAGCAAAGCUUAACAACUCGGCAUUCUCAAGGAUUAGAGGAACCAGAGGGUAUAUGGCUCCAGAGUGGGUUUCAAACCAGCCCAUCACAUCCAAAGUGGAUGUGUACAGCUAUGGGCAUGUUGUGUUGGAGAUGUUGACUGGAAGAAGCCCAACAAACGAUGUUCAAACCGUAAACGAUACAGGAGAGAUAGAGAAUAGAAGAAGUUUGGUGAGUUGGGUGAGGGAGAAUAUCAAGGAAACUUCUUCUGAUUAAAUUGUAGUGGUGCUGGAAAGGAUCGUUGAUCCUUCCUUGUGGGGAGAAUAUGACAAGAAGGAGAUGGAAAAGCUUUUGGAAGUAGCUAUGAAAUGUGUGGAGGAAGACAAAGGUGCUAGGCCAACCAUGGUUCAAGUCGUUGAGAUGCUUCUUGAUUAUUAGCAUUCAACAGCUUCUUCAAGCAUGCAUUUCUAUGUUCCUGCUUUGC